AUGAUCGACUGGACCGACGGGAUAACCUUCGGUGGCGUCAUGGAUCGGGUGCUGCAUCAGCUGGAAAUGGCGGGGGUCACCGGGUCGGAGCAGCUCGUGAAGCGUCUGCGGGGGAGGGCCGCGAGGGAUUACAGUCGCCUGAGGGCGAAGGCCGGCAUAGCUUCCACCGUCGACCUCACGGACGAGGACAUCUUCAGCAGCGCAGUGGACGCUGCACCGGGAGCUAUCGAAGAGGCGAGGCUUGUGGCAGCAUCGUUUAGGGUGCUAGGUGACGGUGUUUUCAGUCGAGAACCCCCCGUAGCUUCCUGUUCGGUGUUGAAGUCUUGA